GUAAUUAUAAAACAGUGAACUGAAAUUUGGAGGUUAAGUGGAGGUUUAUUGAACGUUAAAAAAAAUCAAAGGUCUACAAUUAGCAACCUGUCCAUACCCUGCAGUAACAACUUUAUCUGACUGAAGGUUACAGUUUCAUCUUUUAAAUAUUUUUGUAGUAUGUAUUCCUGGGAGAUUUGGCAAAGAUUGCAAAGAGGUAUGUGGUUACUGUGAAAGAAAAGAGCCAUGUAAUCAUAUCACUGGAUCCUGUCCUGGAUUGUGUGGACCCGGAUAUUAUGGAGAAAAAUGUCUGACACCAUGUCGUGGUGGUUUUUACGGCAAGAACUGUAGUCGUAGCUGUGGACAUUGUUUGAACAAAGUAAGCUGAAAUCACGUGACAGGUCAUUGUCCAGAUGAACUAUGUGAACCAGGAUAUGAAAAAAAGAAAUGUAAUGAGGAAUGUGAUGACGGGUAUUUUGGCAAUAACUGUAAAGAAGAAUGUGGUCACUGUGCAGGUGAAAUGCCGUGCAAUAAAACUGACGGUACUUGUCCAGGAGAAUGUGCAGAUGGAUGGAUAACACCCCGCUGCAAUGAAACAUGUACGUUUGGAAGGUAUGGCGAAGGCUGUAAGGGAAUAUGUGGUCACUGUGAAAGCAAUAAAACUUGUAAUUAUGUCAAUGGAUCCUGUUCCGGGCUAUGUGAACCUGGAUAUCAUGGGGAGAACUGCCUAACAAAAUACAAGGAUGGCUGGUUUGGCAAAGAAUGUAAUGGGGUAUGUGGUUACUGUAGAGGUAACAAACCAUGCCAUCACGUGACCGGAUCUUGUUCUGGAUUAUGUGAACCUGGAUUCCAUGGGGAGAAUUGUGAAAACGGUGUAUCGUAUCAAAUUCUUGCUGGCGUGAGGGAAUUGCUUAAUUUAAUGACGGAGCUAAUUUCACACCGAAGACGAAAAAGUGACCUGAAAGAAAAGGGCACAUCUCCAACUGAUUUUGAAUAA